UCCUCGGAUGCUUCUUCCAUCCAAUAAGGCUUCUCCGACUCCAAGGCCCCGCCCCCGAGCACUGGACGUAGCCGGGCCCGGACGUAGCCGGGCCCCGCCCCCUCGCCUCUGCCGCUUCUCGGGGCUGCUUUUCUUACUUCUUUUUCCUUCCGCCUCCUUCCUCGGGCCGCAGCCUAGCCGAGGCCGGAUCGGGCGACGUGAGUGGAGCCUACGAGGGCCGGGGAGGGAGCCCAGGUAACCGCCGCUCGCAGGGGCUGGAAGGAAGCGAGAUCGGAGCUCCAGCUCUGCCCCGGAGCCCCACGAUCCUCGCCAGGGACAGCCUGCAGCUGGCAUCCCGACCUGGCCCCAAACAAGUCCGCGCCUCCCCCCUCCCCCAGCUCUCCUUAGGAGACUGACCCUGCUAAUUGGAUCUGAGUGGGAUGGGCACAGUCCAGCCUGAUGGAAGAGAAGACCAAGAAAGUAGAGGAGAUGGCCCUGAAACUGGCUCGGGCUGUGGCUGGUGGGGAUGAGAAGAUGGCAGUGAGCUGUGCCACCUGGCUGGCGAAGCAGCGGGCUCUACUGACGCUGCAGCUUAAAUCAGAGGUCUAUCCCAAACAAGAGAUCAAGUUGUGGGUGGGUGUGGAGGAUGCCCAGAUGCAUACUCUUCACAUCUGGCUGAUGGUGCGGCCCACGAUGACAGUGGCUUCUCUGAAAGACAUGGUCUUUCUGGACUAUGGCUUUCAUCCAAGCCUACAGAGGUGGGUAAUUGGCCAGCGGCUGCCCCGUGACCAGGACACAUUGCAUUCCUAUGGAGUGAGGCAAGAUGGUGACAAGGCUUACCUCUACCUCCUGUCUGCCCACCACACGCAGCUUAGCCAGCAGGAGCUACAGCGGCAGCGGCAGCUACGGGUCCUAGAAGACUUGGGCUUCAGAGACCUUGCUCUACAGUCUCGGGGUCCACAAGAACCCCGAGCCACGGAAUCUCAAGAAAAAGUACCAUCUGAGGAUGCUGGAACUACUGCUCCCUCUACUGUGGAAGCAGCCCCUGAUCCCUGCGUGGCUGGCUGGGAAUGUCCAGGGUGCACUUUUGUCAACAAGCCCACCAGGCCAGGCUGUGAGAUGUGCUGUGAGGCUAGACCUGAAAGUUACCAGGUGCCCAGCUCCUACCAGCCAGAUGAAGAGGAGCAGGCACGCCUACAGAAUGAGGAAGAUAGCCUGCGCCAGUACCAUCUGCGGAAGCAGAAGCAGCAGGAGGGGAACUACCUUCAGCUCCUGCAGCUGGACCAGCGGAACCUAGUGCCGAGCACCGAGGUGGUAGAAUGCCCCAUCUGCUACUUGUCCCUGGGGCCUGGCGAGGGAGUAGUUCUGCGAGAGUGCCUGCACUGCUUCUGCAAGGACUGCCUUCAGGGCACAAUCUUGAACAGCCAGGAAGCCGAGGUAUCCUGCCCCUACAUUGAUGACACUUACUCCUGCCCAGGGAAGCUGCAGGAACGAGAGAUCCGAGCGCUCCUGAGUCCCGAGGACUAUCAGCGUUUCCUGGACCUGGGCAUCUCCAUUGCUGAGAACAGAAGUGCCUUCAGCUAUCACUGCAAGACCAAUGACUGCCGAGGCUGGUGCUUCUUUGAGGAUGAUGUCAACGAGUUCAUUUGUCCAGUGUGCAGACACAUUAACUGUCUGCUCUGCAAGGCCAUUCACGAGAACAUGAACUGCAAGGAGUACCAGGACGACCUCGCCUUGAGGGCACAGAACGACGUAGCUGCCCGGCAAACCACAGAAAUGCUUAAGCUGAUGCUGCAACAGGGCGAGGCCAUGCACUGCCCUCAGUGCCAGAUUGUGGUGCAGAAGAAGGACGGCUGUGAUUGGAUCCGCUGCACCGUCUGCCACACUGAGAUCUGCUGGGUUACCAAGGGGCCGCGCUGGGGCCCUGGAGGCGUUGGGGAUACCAGUGGGGGCUGCCGUUGCCGGCUGAAUGGAAUUCCCUGCCACCCCAGCUGUCAGAACUGCCACUGAGGAGCCCUUGAGGAGGCACAGAGCAGAAUCCUGACCAUAACAGGACACCAGGGCAAAGCCAACCCUCAGGGAACCGAUCGUCCCAGCAGACACCCCCUCUCUAACUCCCACAUCCCUUCCUGUCCCAGAACCAGGGCCCCUAACAGGGCUGCCUGUCCCAGGGGGUGAGGGAUGACUUAGAUGUAGAUUCCUGGGGCAACCCGGGAUGGGAAACUGUUGCCUUCCUGGGCUACCAAAAGGCCAUCACCGGGGAGGCACCAGAAGGUCCCCAGUGACUCUUCAGGGUGUGAGUUCAUUCCAGUGCCUUCGUUUCUUUGGCAACUUUUGGCUAGGCUUCAGCAGAACAGACCUCCAGUCCCCUUCUCUGCUGCAGUUGCUACCACUGCCUGGCUUUAAUCAUGCUCUGGCUAGUGGACAACAUUGAGCCUUAAUCACCUACAGACUUCACAGCCUAGACAGCCACUCAUAUUCUGGCCAUUGACCACCUAUAUGCCUAUAGCUCACAGGGCAUCGUUAGCUUGUAAAAGAGAUGGGUGUUUCCUUUAUCCCUGCUUCUGGGGUUUGCAGACCAACCCUCAGCAUAGUUGAGUGGGAGGCUUCUGACUUUUACUGGGCCCUCGGAUUACUGAGGGAAGAGGGGUGUCCUCUGCCUGGGGUAAAGCAUCAUGGACCUUCUCUAUCCUGUAUGUUCACAUUAAAGUUUUCUUUGGGGAACAGGAAGCUUAAAA